AUGCUGGGCGGAUUCCUGAGAUGGAUUCCCUUCCUCUUCGAAUCCCUCGCAGACUACUAUAUCCCUCCUAUCCAACCGCAGGAGCGUCUACGGCCCGAGCGGCGACCUUGGCAACAGAUUGUCACCGGCGUGUAUGGCCGCCCACCCCUCUUGAAGAUCCAUGACCGCGAUGGAGUCGUGAACUGGAGCUUCCAACGCGACGACGUCACGCAACCACUGCCCGACGAUGUUCAUAAAUGCCUCUAUGCCCACGCCAACGAUGCUACGGAGCUCAAAUAUAUGAACAACGGCACUAGUGUUGGUGCCGUCUAUAGUGAUCUUGCCCUCGUUAUCAACCACACCCCCGAAAAUCUAGCGACGGACAAGCUUAUAACUUUUGCGCUUUGUAGAAGGAACGAAGUUCUCUGGAAUGCGCAUACCCUCGAACCCCUACCGGGCAAUUUACUUGCUAUAGGUACUACUGGUCAACGAGCCUGGGACGGUAUUCUUGUCUAUAAUGCUAGCGCUGCCAACGCCCUUGUUGCAAACCCUCCAAUUCUUCAAAAUAUCACCGGCUUACGAGCUAUACACGGUUUGAUUUGGGAUGAACAAGGACAAAUGCUAUGGGCUGCUGGCACGGACGCCGCAGCGGACGGCACCGAUCUAGUCCCUGCUUAUGGGACUAUCGUGGGAUAUCCCUGGGACUCUAGGACGGGCCUACUGUCUAAGGACGAUCGCUUUAUCUAUAAACUGCCCGAGGCAUACCUAAUUGAGGCUGAAUGGGGUAAGGGAUACCCCUGGUGGGCCGGAUUGCAUGACCUAGUACCUAUCCCUGGUCAGCGGAAAUUCCUUGUGUCGGAAGACCGCGGUCUACACGCAUUUGAUAUCGAGACGGGUCAGUUCACAGAACAUUAUGAGAACGUCACCAAUAAAUAUUUACAAGGGUUUGAGGUUACAACCAAUGAUCGCCAUGGUUAUACUAGUGACGGGAAGUGGGAGGAGUUACCUCAGUCGGACCUAAAGAGUUUUAGUAUUGCACCUGAUGGAAGUUUCAUCUAUGUGCAGUCAUUGUGGACUAAGUUCCGUGGUUUCUACACGAGUUUGGUUGUUCAUGGCAAGAGACGCAAGAUCAAUAUCGGCGAUGAGAUCUAUAGGUCGCGGUGGUUUGGAAAUCUGGAUGGCUGGCCUAAACCUUGA